AUGUUAUCGAAUCAUUUGCAGAAUAGUAUUGAGACGGUGAAUGUGGCAUGGUCGCGGCUGCCAUCCGCGGAGGAAGAUGGGGAUGACGACGAGGUGGGAACCUCGAAGAAGAUCGAAGGCAGCUCCGUAGAGAGUCUCGACUAUGAAGUCAUCGAAAAUCAUGCCUAUCGACGGGAACAGGCUAAGAAAGGGAAACUUUAUGUAGGAGGGUAUUUGAUCGUGAUGAAGUGGUUCUUUUCCUUAUUAAUUGGAAUUGGUACUGGACUUGUGGCUGUUUUCAUCAACAUGUCUGUUGAAAACUUUGCAGGAUGGAAAUACUCAUUGACGUUUCAAAUAAUUCAGAAUUCCUACUUCGUUGGAUUUCUAGUGUAUACAUUGAUCAACUUGGUUCUAGUAUUUUCUUCAGUAUAUAUUAUCACACAUUUUGCUCCAGCUGCAGCAGGAUCUGGGAUUCCUGAAAUUAAGGGUUACUUAAAUGGAAUUGACACACAUGGUAUCCUCCUCUUUAGAACCUUAAUUGGGAAGAUUUUUGGAAGCAUAGGUUCAGUGGGAAGUGGUCUAGCCCUUGGCAAAGAAGGCCCUCUUGUACACAUUGGUGCCUGUAUUGCUUCUUUGCUUGGACAAGGUGGCUCAACAAAAUAUCAUUUGAGUUUGCGGUGGCUACAAGUAUUAAACAAUGAACGGGAUCGUCGGGAUCUUGUAACCUGUGGAUGUGCAGCAGGAGUUGCUGCAGCUUUUAGAGCUCCAGUUGGUGGUGUAUUAUUUGCCCUUGAAGAAGUUACGUCUUGGUGGAGGAGUCAACUCAUGUGGCGUGUCUUCUUUACCUCUGCCAUUGUAGCUGUUGUUGUUCGUACGGCAAUGGGAUGGUGCAAGAGUGGAAAAUGUGGCCAUUUUGGCUCUGGAGGCUUCAUUAUAUGGGACAUUUCAGGAGGUCAAGAGGACUACUCCUUUGAGGAAUUAUUGCCAAUGGCAGUUAUUGGUGUUAUUGGAGGCCUUCUUGGAGCCCUCUUUAAUCAACUUACUCUUUUUAUUUCCCACUGGCGUCGAAAUUAUUUGCACAGAAAAGGAAUUCGUAUCAAAAUUAUUGAAGCCUGUGUUAUCUCAGUGAUAACUUCAGUUAUUUCAUUUGGGUUACCAUUGUUUAGAAGAUGCACUCCCUGCCCUGAUCCUGAUGUCAACUCAAGCAUCGAAUGUCCACGUGCACCAGGAAUGUAUGGAAAUUACGUAAAUUUUCAUUGUCAGAACAGCAAUGAGUACAAUGACCUUGCAACUAUAUUCUUCAACACACAGGAUGAUGCUAUAAGAAAUUUAUUUAGUGCAAAGACAGUUCAUGAGUUCAGUGCUCAAAGUCUCCUGACAUUUCUGGUAAUGUUUUACACCUUAGCAGUGGUAACAUAUGGUACUGCUGUUCCAGCUGGUCAGUUUGUUCCUGGCAUAAUGAUAGGAUCAACUUAUGGACGCCUUGUUGGCAUGUUUGUUGUUAGCUUUUAUAGGAAGCUUAACAUUGAAGAGGGAACGUAUGCUCUUCUUGGUGCAGCAUCUUUUCUUGGAGGUUCAAUGAGGAUGACCGUGUCUCUCUGUGUCAUUAUGGUGGAAAUUUCAAAUAAUUUGACUUUCCUACCUCUGAUCAUGCUUGUCCUCCUCAUAUCAAAGGCUGUUGGUGAUGUUUUCAAUGAAGGGUUUUAUGAAGAGCAUGCAAGAUUAAGGGGCAUUCCACUACUUGAGUCAAAGCCAAAAUACCACAUGCGCUAUGUGACAGCAAAGGAGGCAUCUGGGAAUCAAAAGGUUAUCUAUUUUCCCCGUGUUGUCAGGGUUGCAGAUAUAGUUUCCAUCUUAAGGAGCAAUAAGCACAAUGGUUUCCCUGUUAUUGAUCAUACAAGGAGUGGAGAGACACUUGUCAUUGGACUAAUACUACGAAGUCAUUUAUUGGUACUUCUGCAAUCAAAGGUUGAUUUUCAACAUAGCCCUUUGUGCAGUGAUGUAAGAAGCGGUUCUUUACCAAUGAGACACAACCUCUGCGAUUUUGUGAAACCUGUCUCUAGUAAAGGAAUAUGUAUAAAUGAUAUUCAUCUCACUCAAGAUGAUCUGGAAAUGUACAUUGACCUUUCCCCAUUUGUGAACCCAUCUCCAUAUAUUGUGCCUGAAGACAUGUCAUUAACUAAGGUAUACAAUCUGUUUCGUCAACUAGGUCUGAGACACAUAUUUGUUGUUCCGCAUGCCUCCCGUGUUGUGGGCAUGAUUACGCGGAAAGAUCUAUUGCUAGAGGAUAAUGAUGAUUCAGCAAUAGUUGAGCUCCAAUCCACUAGUGUAAGAGGUUUGCAAGGUAGAAGGAGACAAAUUAUGAUGGGAGGUUCAGAUACAGAUACUGGACAGCCCCUACUUGAUUAGUGAUCAUAACAAAGCAUCUUCUAGCUUGUCCUUACCUCAAUUUUGGUUGAAAUGAGUUGCCAUUCCUUCUCUUUUCUGUUAAUUCAUUAAUCCCAGGUUAGGUGGUGUUGUUUAUUAACUGUUUGAAUUUGUAAAAUGUCAUUAUAUAUUUUGUUGUGAGUAAUGAGUAUUCCUUUUCAAUGACUA